AUGGUGAAAGAAGAUCGUUUAACAUGGAAAGCAAAAUAUAUCAUGCGUUUAACACAAUAUUUGCAUGAAUAUCCGAACGUAUUUGUUGUUGGUGUUGAUAAUGUCGGCUCACAUCAAAUGCAAAAAAUUCGUGUAUCUCUUCGUGAUCAUGCUGUUAUUCUAAUGGGCAAAAAUACAAUGAUGCGUAAAAUUAUCAGUGAUUUAACAUCGAAAAACGUCAAUUUAGAAAAAUUGUUACCACAUGUUUCUGGAAAUAUUGGUUUUGUUUUUACCAAAGAGGAUUUACUUACAAUUCGCAAAAAACUUUUGGAAAAUAAAGUUGCUGCUCCAGCUCGUGCUGGUGCUAUAGCUCCUGUUGAUGUCGUUAUUCGAGCUCAAGUAACAAGUUUAGGUCCAGAAAGAACAAGUUUUUUUCAAGCACUUCAAAUUCUAACUAGAAUUACGCGUGGCACUAUUGAAAUCAUUAAUGAUGUUCAUUUAAUUAAAGCUGGCGAUAAAGUUGGUCCUAGCGAAGCAACCUUACUUAACAUGUUGAACAUUUCGCCUUUUAGUUAUGGUCUUGUAAUACAUCAAGUUUAUGGAUCAGGUUCAUGUAUUGAUCCAUCUAUACUUGAUAUUGGCCCAGACCAAUUACGCACAAAAAUUUCUCAAGGUAUUCAACGUUUAGCAGCAUUUUCACUCGGUAUUAAUUACCUAAACGAAGCAUCAGCACCACAUCUCAUUCUUGGCGAAUUUAAACGUUUACCUGCCUUGGCUACUGAUACGGAUGUUGAAUUCGAACAAGCUAAUACUAUAAAAGACCCAUCUAAAUUUGCCGCUGAACCAAUAUCUAUUGAUUAUGAUAGCGAUGAUGAUAUGCUUGGUUUCAAUCUAUUCGGUUAA